AUGGCAGAGAAAGGAUUCUCCGGAAACGAUGUCCACGGUGUCGACCUCGAGGCCCGACAGAACAAGCUCGCCAACGAUGUGACAUAUGCUGAUGAGCAGCAACCAGAAGAUGGCGUCCGACCACUUCACCAGAAGCUGAAGUCUCGCCAUAUGCAGAUGAUUGCCAUUGGCGGUUCCAUCGGUGCUGGUCUCUUCGUCGGCUCUGGUGGUGCUCUCUACCGCGGAGGUCCCGCCGCCGUGCUGAUAGGCUUCGGCAUCGUCGGCAUAAUGCUGCUGAUGACGAUGCAAGCUUUGGGCGAGAUGGCUGUGCUGUAUCCUGUCAAUGGCGCCUUUUUCACCUACAUUUGCCGCUUUGUCUCUCCGUCGCUCGGCUUCGCCGUUGGCUGGAACUACGCGAUCUCCUGGUUGACUGUCCUACCGUUCGAGCUCAUCGCUGCCUCCAUCACGAUCGAAUUCUGGCGGGAUGAUAUCCACAUGGCUGUCUGGGUCACGGUCUUCCUCGUCUUCCUCACUGCCGUCAACAUCUUUGGUGUCCGAGGAUAUGGCGAGGUCGAGUUCGUCCUGUCAGUCAUCAAGAUUUGCGCGUGUCUGGGCUUCAUCAUCUUCGGUAUCAUCGUCAACACUGGUGGCAUUCCAGGCGACGACCGCGGCUACAUCGGCUUCCGUUACUGGAAGGAUCCCGGUGCAUUCAAGAACGGCUUCAAGGGCUUCUGCUCUGUCUUCGUCACCGCCGCCUUUGCCUUCGGAGGUACCGAGCUUGUCGGCCUUGCUGCUGCUGAGGCUGCUGAGCCACAAAAGGCCCUUCCCAAGGCGACCAAGCAAGUCUUCUGGCGUAUCGCUUUCUUCUACAUCGUCUCUCUUCUCAUUGUUGGGAUCAUCCUGCCUUCGGAUAAUGAGAGCCUCAUGGGUGCUUCCGGUGCCAAUACUAAGGCCUCUCCCUUCGUCCUUGCCAUUCAGGAAGCCGGUGUCAAGGGUCUUCCCAGCGUGUUCAACGCUGUCAUCACGGUCUCCGUCAUCUCCGUCGCCAACUCUUGCACCUACGGCUCCUCCCGCACCAUCCAAGCUCUCGCCACCAAGGGCAUGGCACCACGUUUCUUCGCCCACGUCGACAAGCACGGCCGUCCAAUCUACUGUGUCAUCCUCCAGCUAGCCUUCGGUCUUCUCGGAUACCUUGGCGAGGCCGCCGAGGCAGGAGUCAUCUUCAACUGGCUCCUUGCGCUCUCCGGCCUGUGCUUCUUCUUUGUUUGGCUCUCAAUCAACCUCGCCCACAUCCGCUUCCGCGCAGGCUGGAAGGCGCAUGGCUACACCUUGGACCAGCUGCCGUUCCAGGCACAGUUCGGUGUCAUUGGCUCGUGGAUUGGCCUGAGCUUGUGCAUUCUCGCCCUGAUUGCCACCUUCUACACCUCUGUCUGGCCUCUUGGCGGCAGCCCAGAUGCGGAAGUCUUUUUCAGCAACUACCUCGCUGCGCCGCUCAUCCUUGCGUGCUACCUCUUCUGGAAGGUGUAUGCCAAGGAUUGGAAGCUGUAUGUCAGUGCGGCGGACAUGGAUGUUACGAGUGGUAUCCGUCGGGGUUCAAUCCAGGCUACUUUGGAGCCGGAGAAGAAGCGCAAUCCUGUCGUCAGGUUCUUGACAGCUUUCUUCUAG